AUCCGUUUGUUGUUAGUUAUUAAAUUGAAGAACCUCUUUCCAAUUCUGAAAGCAAACAACUUUCUUUGUGCAGUGUUUCCACGUAAUCGCCGGGAGAACCGGUCUUUCUUUCUUUCUUUGUUUUCUAUCCAAAUUUAUUUUCUUUCUUCACUUUUCCCAUUCUCAGCGCUUUAUCGCACCUUCUCCUUUCUCUUUCUUUUCUGUUCUUUUCCCCUUUCUCCCAUCCUUAUUAGGGUUUUUUGAAUCUUCCAAAUUCCCCAAAUUUCCCGUCAUUUCUCACUUCCUGUUUCAACGAAUCUUCAAAUUCAUUCGCCCAAGAUGAUGAUGCCCCCUGGCCUCGUCUCCAACCUCCAAGAAGCACUUCAAAACAGAAAAGGUUCCCAAGAACAAGGAUCCAAGGACAAUGAGGACCCACCCGAACCCGCUUCUUCUACCGAUGAGAAUCCCGAACCUGAAUUCGAUCCUUCCAAGCCCAUUUUGUUGGUUACCAACAGCGAUGGUGUUGAGUCCCCUGGCCUCACUCACCUCGUCGAAGCCCUAGUUCGUCAAGGCCUCUACAAUGUCCAUAUCUGUGUUCCUCAAUCGGACAAAUCGGUUUCUGGGCACUCUGUUACUUUCAAAGAAACUGUGGAAGCUUGUUCUGCUAAAGUUAGUGGUGCCUCUGCAUUUGAGAUUUCAGGAACUCCUGUGGAUUGUGUGUCACUAGCAUUAUCUGGGGCACUGUUUUCAUGGUCAAAGCCAAUGCUGGUUAUUAGUGGGAUUAACCGGGGAUCCAGCUGUGGUCAUCACAUGUUCUACUCAGGUGUUGUUGCUGGAGCUAGAGAGGCAUUAUUAUCUGGUGUACCGGCUUUGUCCAUAUCAUUAAACUGGAAGAAGGAUGAAAGUCAAGAAACUGAUUUCAAGGAUGCAGCUGAAGUCUGUUUACCUUUGAUAAAUGCAGCUAUCAGGGAUGUUGAGAAGGGAACUUUUCCCAAAAGCUGCUUUUUGAAUAUAGAAAUUCCCACAUCACCUUCAAAGAACAAGGGCUUCAAAUUAACCAAGCAAAGUAUGUGGAGAUCCACGCCAAGCUGGCUAGCUGUGUCAGCUAGCCGCUAUCCAACUGGUCAUUUCAUGGCCAAUCAACAAGGUGGCCUUGGCCUUCAGUUUGCACAGCUUGGACGGGAUGCCUCUGCCGCUGGCGCAGCUCGUCGACUGGCUACACAGAAAAAGAACUUGGAGGUUAUUGAAUCAGUUGGAGCUUCAGGAAAAUCCGAUUCCAACAGAGUGAAGAAGUACUUCAGACUAGAGUUUCAGGAAAAGCAGCAGGAAGAUAUAGAUGAAGAUACGGAUUACGGAGCACUUGAAAGUGGAUACGUAAGUUGCAAUAUUGAAUUACUGUAUUCUUAAGCAGCAGUAAUUUGUUAUUCUCAACUAAU